AUGCAUCCCUUGUUUGGAAUGUGCUUUGUUCUCUUUCAUUUUCUAUUGCCCUGUACCUCUGCAAUUACUGAUGAGCAAAGUCUUAUAGAUUUCGGGAAAUCCAUCAACUUGGAUCCUCUAAAUUCCUUAGCCAAUUGGGUCCCUACUGUUCACUUCUGCAAUUGGCCUGGAGUUAAUUGUAAUUCAGCCAGAAACAGAGUGCAAUUGCUUGAGUUGGCAGAGAUGCAAUUAGAAGGUACCAUCUCCCAUUCAAUUGGCAACCUCUCAUUCCUUACACAACUAGACCUCAUCAACAACAGUUUUGUAGGCCAAAUUCCACAGGAAAUAGGGCGAAUUCAAGGUUUAAAGGCUCUCUAUCUUUCAAUUAAUAAUUUACAGGGCUCUAUUCCAAGGAAUUUGACUUCCUGCAAGGAGUUACAAGAAUUGAACCUCGCUGCUAACCAAUUGACUGGAACAAUUCCUCCAGAAUUAAGUAUGCUUACAAAUCUUCGCGUCCUUAAACUCGGCUCCAACAAUCUUUCUGUCUUUUCUCCUCUUUGUAAUCGCCGUUUAACUGGCCCUAUUCCCUCAUCAAUCUCAAAUUAUUCGGGCUUGAUCGAAUUGGGCCUCUAUAGCAACAGCUUGACUGGUAGUAUUCCACUAGAAUUGGGCAAGCUAUCUCGCCUUACAGUUCUAUAUCUAUGGGACAAUCAGCUGAAGGGCACCAUCCCAGCUACAAUUGCCAAUUGUACACAACCGAGUGAACUUGAUUUGGAGCUCAACCGUCUCAGUGGAGAAGUACCAUUGGUGUUGAGCAGGCUUUCAAAACUUCAAACACUGAGCCUAUCGUCUAAUCAACUUGUUAGUGGCAGCUCAGACACCAUUCCCAUUCUUACUGCCCUUCAGAAUUGCACCGUCCUGAAAAGCCUAUUGAUUCAUGACAAUUAUUUGACUGGAACCUUGCCAGAGCAGCUUCCAAAAAAUCUUACUCUGUUGUCACUAUAUAGAAAUAAUAUAACAGGAAUUAUACCUUCACUUAUUGCCAACGCAACCUACUUGAGAGACCUUGAUUUGUCAUCCAAUCUCCUUACAGGCCGCAACCCAUCCUCUCUCAGAAGCCUCGGUAAUUUGCAAAGAUUAUUGUUGGAUAACAAGAAGCUACAAGGAAGCAUACCCAGUGAGAUUGGUGAAAUAAAAAGCCUUGGGGAGCUAUCAGUGAGCCAUAAUAUGCUUUCUGGAGAAAUCCCUGAUACAAUUGGUAGCCUUCAACAGUUAACGCAUCUUGUGCUUAACCACAACAAUCUAUCCAGGAAUAUAUCUGCAAGUUUGGGAAAAUGUUACAAGUUGCAAUUGCUGGAUCUCUCCAACAAUCAGUUCAGUGGACUCAUACCGUAUGAAGUGGCUAGUCUUGCUAAUUUACAGUUUUAUUUCAAUUUAUCCAGAAACUUCUUGGAGGGAUCUCUGCCCAUGGAGAUUGGAAAGAUGAUUCAUGUUCAAGCUAUUGAUGUUUCAGUUAACAGGUUAGAAGGUACAAUUCCAGCUACUCUGGAAAGUUGUGAGCAACUUGAAUAUCUGAAUUUAUCUUCCAAUGAAUUGCAAGGGCCAAUACCCAAUUCUCUCAGUGGAUUAAAAAGUCUUGUAAGCAUGGACCUGUCUUUCAACAAUCUUUCAGGUUUGAUCCCUGUGUCCCUUAGGUCGCUGAAUAUGCUUCAGUAUUUGAAUUUGUCUUUGAAUAACUUCAGUGGAGAAAUCAGAGAAGAGGGCAUCUUUAAAAAUUUGACAGCUGCAUCAUUUAUGGGAAAUACCUUUCUCUGUGGAGAAUGGAUACACUUCCCUUCAUGCUCUGUUCUUAAUACUCAGCCAAAAGACCACACCAACAGAACUAAAAUAUUAGCAGCAGUGGGUGGAACCAUUGGCUUCCUAUUUCUUUGUUUAUUGAUCUUGGGCCUAAUUUACAGGAGUCGCAAGGUCAACUCCGAUGCUCACAGUGACUUUUUGCCCCUGAAACUCAUGGAUAACAAGGGGAUUUCCUAUCAAGAAAUCAUUAAAGCCACUGAUGGGUUCAACGAGAAAAACUUGUUAGGGACUGGCAGCUUUGGCUCAGUGUACAAAGGCAUUGUGGAAGAUGGUAAAAUGGCUGCUUUCAAACUUCUAAAUUUGCAAAAUGAGGAAGCGAGCAAGAGCUUCAGCAAGGAAUGCAAAGUGUUGGCAGAAGUCAGGCACAGGAACCUGGUCAAAAUCAUAUCCUUCUGUUUAGAAUUUGGACACAAAGUAUUGGUUUUAGAUUUCAUGUCCAAUGGAAAUCUGGACACACUACUGCAUUCCAAGGAUAACUCAUUGACCUCAGAGAGAUAUUGAACAUAGCAAUCGAUGUUAUCCAUGGAUUAGAAUAUCUGCAUCAUGACUGUUUUCUGCAAGUUGUACAUUGUGAUAUAAAACCAAGCAACAUUCUUCUGGAUGAUUAUAUGACAGCACAUGUAGCAGAUUUUGGGAUUGCCCAAAUAAUUUGUGGGUCAGAUACAAGUACCACUGAAUCAGGAAGUACUUCCACUCUAGCUCUCAAAGGAUCGAUGGGCUACAUUGCACCAGAGUAUUGAUUUGGUGGGAAGGUAUCCACGAGAGGCGAUAUUUACAGUUAUGGUAUUAUGCUGUUGGAAAUGGUAACUGGAAAGAGUCCUACUGACCAUAUGUUUGUGGGAGGAUUGAACCUCCACAAGUGGGUAAACAUGCAUUUUGAUAACAAAUUGGACGAGAUUGUUGACACGAGCAUGAUGAAGGAAAUAGGAGAAUAUGGAGUAAAUCAGUGUCUCAUUCCAUUCCUACUUAUUGGCCUGGAGUGUUCAAAGGAGUCCCCCAGUGAAAGACCCUCAGCCAGAGAGGUGGUAGGAGUACUGAAAACUAUUAGGGGGACUCUCCUUGAAGCUCAUGAAAAUUUGUAAAGCGUGGACUGCAUGUUGUAUUUGUAUGCUUUGGUUCCAAUGUUUCUUACUACAAUAACUGUUUUGUUGAAAGUCAGAUCACUGUAGUUGUA